UAUAUUUAUGCCAACGCCCUCCGCCACGGACGAUUUUUUUUGAAAACAAUUAAUUUCCCUCGCAACAGAUAGCAACUAGACACUUGACAUAGCUGCCAGUACUCGUUGAGUUGUGAUCGGAACAAAAGACGGAAACAAAAUGGUACAUCAUCAUCCUGUAGGAAGACUGACGUUGUAAAGGGAAGGAUUCGUUCACUUUUGAAGAUUUGACUCGAUCUCUGGUGCAUUCCUGAUUAAGAAAAAUGAGUGCCGAGAACAGCAAUGUGUCCAAGAUCCGCGUAUUGCGCGCUGAGCGGCGAGGAGUCCUUCUGUACCUACUAUGCGUCAAGGUGGACUCGCUUAAAUCCAUCAAAGACAUCAUGGCCACCUUGGCUCCUCGACUAGAAGCUCAGGACCCACCUAAGAGCGAGCGGGAGUUGAUUGACUCGUCAGUGGCCGUGCGAGUCGAGCGCAAAUGGCUCAGAGGCACGAUGUGUCCCAAUGGCAUUGUUGACUUUUUUGACUUGGGCUUCAAAGAUGCUGUGUCCUUGAAAGAUGUGAGAGUGGCGCUGCCAGAAAUGCUUAAGUUGCCCAAGAUGACUUUCUGGGCUGUGCUCAAAGACUUUUACGCGCACUGUGGCAAGUCAACCAUUGAAGAAGAUCUCCGGGCAGUGGAAUUUGAGCAGAAGUCCAUUACAAAACUGAACAACCUCCUUAUGGUCGAUCUGGUGAGGAAUGGUGUCGGGCUGUCACAUUCCUUGGAGACUGACGCUCUGGGAGUGCUGGUGGCCAGUGCAGACUUUGCAGACCACUGCCAGCUAGAGACGCACCAAGAAAAGAUCAUCUCUUGCCUCUGGCAAGGGCGGCCUGUGCCAAACAUAGACUCCAACGAAGUAUUGACCAUGGGUCGAGUGCUGCCAGUAGGUGUCCGGCUUGCCGCGAAAGUGGCCUCUGCGCCCAAAGGGCCGCACCUGUUCAACGUGCUACUCGAUUGCCACCAGCACGUGCUCAACCUGAUCAAUAAGGUGCCUGAGAACAUUCUGCAGAGUUGUUUAGUUGGUGAGGCGUGCAUGGUGCAAAUGGAUGAGGAAAAAGGCCACUUGGAACGGGCCAUCAUCCGUGAACUUCGUGAUGACCAUGCUGUCGUCCUUCUCUUGGAUGUAGACUUCUCACUGACUCAAGUGAGCCUUUCCUCUCUGAGACACAUGCCUCCCUACCUGAAGCAAAUCCCGCGCCUGUUAACCCCAGUGACCAUGUUUGGGGCUGAGCGUUUUUCCGACUCGUGCACAAAAGCCUUCAGCAAUAUGGUGGAAGGCAAACUGCUGGAGAUGAUCGUUCUGCCUGGCGACGGCACCACCCUGCAGAAGUGCUCGCUGAGUAUGGACAAUCGCAACGUGCUUGAUACAUUCACUGAGCAAGUCAUCUCGAACACUUACAAACAUGAAGAACUUGCUCAGGGAACCAGCGUCAUGGUGCGUCUGACAGGUGUGCGUUACAGGAGAAGCGGCGAGCUAUCCUUCUUUGCUCAGUCGGCUUCCAAUAAACUACAACUGGAAAUUCUAAAUGAGGAAGUAAACAAUUACUGUAAAAUUCAGCCAGCGCGGAAGCAAGAUUUUCUCACUGGUGACGCGGUUUUUGCCAGAAGUGCCGAUACAUGCGGCAGGUGGAUGCGGGCGGUUGUGGUCGCCUGCCAUGGUAGCUACUCCAAUGUAAUCUUCGUGGACGGAGGUUUCGAGUCAGAGGUGCACGAGUUGGUGCCAGCCCCGCGGGAGCUUGUGCUGGAACCGAAGGCGCAGGCUGUUGAGUGCUAUUUCGUGGACCUUGAGAUCAAUAAGAGCGUGGCAUCUGCUUUGAGGUCGUUCAUUGGGGAAAAGUGCUAUGUUAUGAAGGUAAUGGCCUGCCUGGAGAAUUACAAGUACAAGGUGUCGUUGCUCGACCCUGCUGACUAUCCGCCCUCUAACAUUAUCAACUUGCUUGAGCCAUACGCGAGCGGGCAUUGUCAUGAGUCGAUGAGCAGUGUGCACACUGCCAGGUCUGGUGGAUCAUCCCAUCUGCAUGGCUACUUCACUCCGCCCUCAAAACUGGCUGCUGUCGCAAGCACCUCGACUACGCCAACCCCUCCGAUUCGUAUUAUUUCACCAAGCUUGAGCCAAGGUCUAUGCUUUGAAACAUCACCAUUUAAGUCUGAGGCGAGUGCAGACAUGAACGCAGUCCCCCAGGCAGAUUUGACCAAUUGCAGAACACCAAGUUUAGACUCUCUGCAGUCUCCCUUCACGGUCAGCUGCCGCAGAAAGUCUGAAUGCAACAGUGUGACAGACAUGGUUGUUCCUAAGAAGAACAGGCUGGACGAUGAGACUGCGCAGCCCGUCAUGAGAACUCCGAUUGUUUCCCCACCAGACAGCCAAAGUUCACCCAUGUUGGCAAAACCAGCACUAAAUUACUUGUCGAUGGUUAUUAACCCGUCAAGUAAGUUUUUCGGCACUCUCUCGUGGAUGGUGAGUCCAUCAAAAUUCUUCCUUCAGCCGGCUAUCUUUGCGGAUUUGCUGAACAAUCUAAUGGCCAAAAUCGAAGAUAUUGACCCUGACAACUCCCUCCCACCACUCUCUGUUGAAGUUGGAAAACCGUGCUUGGCCAAGUACGAAGGCGCCUGGUAUAGAGCAAAGGUGGUAGGCAACCCCAUUGAAGGCAAGGUGGAUGUGCAAUACGUGGACUAUGGAAAUACGGCAAAGGUAUCUCUGUUGCACGACAUUCGCGACAUAAGCAUGCAACUGUUGGAGCUGCAAACGCAAGCCAUACCCUGUAGUCUCCGCGGAGUCGCUGGCAAGACAAAUUGGAGUAUGAGGGAAGCUGACCUGCUCACAGACUUGAUUUCCGACUGUAAAAUUACUGUGGAAGUUCUUGGCGUUUGGAAUGACACGUUCAGUGUGGUUAUCACAAAGGGCAAGGUCAACGUCAAUCUUGCUCUGAAAGCGACAAUGGAAAAUCUCGCUCCUCUAAAUCACAUCCCAGAUAGUCGUGCUCCAGACGAAGGGGAAGCGACUGUCUCCUGGUUCAAUUCCCCAACAAACUUUUACCUUCAGGCUAAAAAAUCCUUGUCAAACCUGGCAAAUCUGCAAAAGCAGUGUAACAUGUGCUUCAAAGGGUGCAACCUGAACGAGAAGAAGCUGAAAGUUGGACACUUUGUGCUGGCGCAAAGCGUGGCUGAGACGUUCAGCAGAGCUGAAGUUCUUGCUAUCCGCGGAGAAAAAGCGCGCCUUUUACUUAUUGACUUUGGCCAAACCAUGGUGGCAAACAUUGACACCCUGUUUCCACUGCCUGACCAAUUGAUGGCCGUUGAGAAGUACGCCUUUCGGUGCUCGCUGUUUGAUGUGGAGCCGUACCCUGCUGCUGAGUGGCCUAAGGCUGGCCAAUGCACCGCCAUUGACCAGCUCUUCCAAAGCACCAAUCUAACCUACAGGGCGGUCGGCAGCGAGCAGCAAGGGGUCACUUCGGUUGUGAUCAAGAUUGACGGCGAGGACAUCCGUGACCUGAUGCAACUUCGACACGUUGCCCUGAGAGCCAUUGACGAAAACCAAGAGGACAUGAAGUCGUACUACGUGUCAAGCUACGAAUUGUUGCCCUUGGUCUAUGUGAGUACCGAGGAAAACUUAAAAAAUAUUUGUUGGAUCAAGCAACAGCUGCAAGUCGAGAACUUGAGGGAAAUGCGCGACAUUGAGCCAGGACAAAACUGCAUCAUUGACCUGGGCGACAGGGGCAGCUGGCACCGGGCAAAAAUGCAGCCAGACCGGCGCCUCAGCCUCAUCGACUUUGGUGUGGCCUUUCCUGUAAAGGGCCCGGUCUACGAGGUGCCGUCGAGCAUGAAAAAGAUUCCGCCGCAAGUGAUCACCACGUGCUUUGCCGUUCAGCCUCCUGGGGGCUCAAGCAGCUUCAGCGCGGCAGCCAUCAACAAGCUGCUAAGCAUGACCUGCGUGGGUACUCCAAAAAAGGUUGUAUGCAGGGAAAUCGGUUGGCAGGCCGGAAUUUUGUACCUCGAACCACAACCACUCCGCGGAAGAAUCGAGCACUUGAAAAUCGAGAUGAAGGACCUGGUAGAGUUCUCCGCCACAAGGGUGAUUGUCAGCCACUUUGAGACAGCCCACUGCGUCUACCUGCAAGAGGACCUGGCUCAGGUUGCCUGGAUGGAGAACCAGAUGACAAUGCCCAGGGAACAACUACCCUUUGUCGAAGUUGGCCAGCUCUGUGCCUCUGAAUAUGAUGGGCUCAUGUACCGCUGUAGAGUCACUUCUAGCACCAAAAUCCACUUCAUCGACUAUGGUAAUGUGGACUCAAGCGACAAGUGGUGGAAACUUACUCCAGAAGAAGAAGCCGUGCCGCCGCUGUCUAGAAAGUGCAGCUUGCGUGGCGCAGACGACAUGACCUCCGAGGAAGAAAUGGCCAUGGCAGAUCUUCUGUCUACAAACGAAGAGUACGAGGUCGUCUUUGUGGGCAGGGACGAGAUCGUCAUUUUCAAGAGCAAAGAGGGCCUGAUGGAGGUUGCCAAGAGAAUGGCGCCGCAGAGACAGCAGGUGCUAGCGAUCGAACAGGAGACAACACCAGUGACAGAGCAACUCACCAACCUUUCAGUGCUGGACACAGAAAACGUUCCUGAGGAGAUGACGCGAGUGGAGGAGCAACUCACCAACCUUUUAGAUCAGGACACAGAAGAAGUCCCUGCUGACGCCGUUGAGGAAGAAGCUGAUCCUGAAAAUAAAUUCUGCGAAAACAGAGAUGUUUUGGAACUGGCAAACGAGCUCGAUGAAUCUGAAUCUGAGCACUCAUUUGACCAGGAUGAGUCUGAGGCCAUCCCAAUCAAGCCAGACAAGCCUGCAGCGGAGGAAAUGACACAAGCCGCGUUGGUGCCUCAAGAACUCCACAACGGUGUUGUGCUAGAACCCAAGGAGGAGCCAGAGGAGGAGGUCCUUGAGGAAAACCACCAAUCCGUCACAGAAGAAGACACUCCCCCUGCCAAGCCUGAUGUGGAGUUCCGCAGGUACUUCGUCUCAAUGUAUGUGUCGUCCAAAGACUUCCACCUGCAGCCAGAUCCUGAAGCCAUCCUGCAUUACUCUGAGGAGCUAUCCCAGAUGCCAGACUACGACACUGCAAAACUGUUCAAAGGCGACGUGUGUGCUGCCCUGAGCGACACCUCGCACCUGUGGAGCCGCGCACAUGUCGUCACAUUGCGGCCCCCCACCGUCUACUUUUUUGAUACAGGCCGCGUCGAGAUGGUCACCAAGUUCAAGCAACUCAACGAGGAGCAAAGAGAUACCUUGCCCAUGGCCAUCAAGUGCGAGUCUCACAUUGGCGAGCCCGACGGUGGUCUCAGGGAGGGCGUUUGGAUCAAGGCCAAGCUGAAGGAUGGGUGCGCGGAGAUUCCAAACGAGAAGAGCAAGGCUGUUGUCACUCAUUACGAGUCGCACUGCGAGCUGUACCUGCGUCUCGUGGACGACGACCUGACUCAGAUGGAGGCGGAGCUAGGCCUUGGCAUGCUCGUCUCCACGGUGAAUGAUGGUGAACUGUACGCAGCGCAGACAGCUGCGGGAGCGUGGCGGCGCGCAAAGGUGACCUGCAUCGCAAGGGAGGGCUGCGAGGUGUUCUUCGUGGACCACGGCGACUACAGCACCGUGCUAAAGCUGCGCCACCUGGGCGCCAAGUGGCGCGAGCGCCCAGCGGCAGCCAACCUGUGCUUCUUGAGGCCGGUGCCGCCGCCCGAGGCUAGGGAGCACGUCCGCGAGCUGCUGCAGCCCGGUGUGCAGGUCGAGGUCAGCGGCCUGGUCCCGUGCAGCCCGGCCUCCGAGGUCAGCGUCUUCCUGGACGGCGUCGAUGUGGCCAAGGCGGAGCCGCCGCGGUUGCGCCCCGAGGCUGACGCCUUCGUGCCGCAGCGCUUGCCCAUGCCCAUCGGCCACCAGGCGAUGGCCACCUUUGUCAGCAGCGUGCCCCGCGACAGCGCACUCUGGGAUGACACCGUGAACGCUGUCGGACAAUUUCUGCUUUAUGCUGAUAAGCUUGGAAUCCUCUCGGAGAGUGGCAAGGCCAUAGUACAGGGUGCGUUCAUUAAUCAUAGAAACGGAUAUGCCGGGGGAAUGGACACCCCAGAGAGAAACUCUCCUGACUCGGAAGGGGACAAGUUGCCAGAAGAGACCAACGCUACUCCUCGAAAAUCGUCUUUUACUGGCAUCGCUCCCUCCAGAUUUUGCAUCUGACUAUUAAAUUUCAGUUUGAUUCUUUUUAAUUUGUUUGUAACCGUCACCCAAGUGUAGCAAACGCAGUGAAUAAAAGUUAACUUAAAUAUCAGA